AUGGAUGAAACUUCGAUCGCAUGUGAAGAUUUACGAUAUUUUGAGAGGCGUUUAACUGAAGUUAUACAUCAUAUGCAGCCUGUCGCGAUGAGAUGGCGUGUUGUUCUGCUUAUUGCAUUUGGUUGUACAUUAUGGAGUGCUUAUUUUUGGCUAAUGGAUCCUUCAAUUCGUUCAGUUACUUUGACGGAAUCAUUGCAAAAACAUUUUAUGUUUUCCGCUAGCGUUCCUUCGCUUUUGUUCUUAUUUGGUUAUCUAGGUAUACAUAAUCGAGUUGUCGCACCUACAAUGUAA